GGACGCUUUAGGGCUUUGUUAAUGCUUUCUGUGUCUCCUUUUCUUAGGGCCGUCUGGUCUGUGGCAGACGAGGGCUUGUCCCUGCUGGCACCCCUUCCGCUACUACCCCGCUCCGCGAGCACCAGCCUCCAGCAGCGACGCCUGCUUCCAGGGGCAGGCGGCGCCCAGGCCAGGCCAGCCCAUUUGGCAGGUGUUCCGCGCGCCGCGCUUAUUGGUUGGCUUCGUCGUCCACAUGCCGCGUUUGAACUCGCGAUCCGGCGGGAGAAUUCGCAGCUGCCAAGGCCAAAGUCCUGGGAGCCCCCAGUCGGCCUGCCACGUAGCCCCUGGAGAUUCCCGCACUUUCUUUUCUCCAGCGCGCCCCUCGAUACAACACACAAGGACAACGUGCACUGCAUUAGCCAUGGGCAACACCGAGUCUGCCCCGAUGGGAAUAACGAUUCGUAUUAACUGCAGCAGCAGGAUUUCGGGAGUCCCUCCUCCUGAAACCAGUCAACAGGCCCGCUCAGUAUCCCACAGGCCUUAUUACACACUGCCCAACGGUAGCCAUGAGAGGCGGUCUGUCCUCACCAUUACUGAACCUCCACGAUUCCACUUCCAGGCCAAAGGGAAAAACAUACGCCUGGAUGCCCAUUCCCGCAAAGCCACCCGGAGGAACAGUUUUUGCAAUGGCAUCACUUUCACCCAUCGACCCAUCCACUUGUAUGAGAAAGUGCGGCUCAGGCUGGUGUCUGUGCACCAUGGAUGGAGUGGGGCAUUGCGCUUUGGCUUCACCACGCACGAUCCAUCACAGAUGAGUGCAGAUGAAAUACCAAAGUAUGCCUGCCCAGAUCUGGUGACGCGGCCAGGUUUCUGGGCCAAAGCUCUGCCAGAGAGAUUUGCAGUGAGGGACAACAUCCUGGCAUUCUGGGUUGAUCGCCAUGGAAGAGUUUUCUAUAGUAUUAAUGAGGAGGAGCCAAUACUGUUCCACUGUGGCGUCAAAGUCUCCGGGCCUCUGUGGGCACUGAUAGAUGUCUAUGGAAUCACCCAUGAAGUGCAAAUAUUAGACAGCAUGUUUGCCGAGACAAUGACCUCCACCCGUCUCAGCAACGCACGACUCAGCACUUGCCUUCCACAGAGCAGUCACGAUUCGGCCAACUUCAACAACAACGAACUAGAGAACAACCAAGUGGUGGCCAAAAUUGCCAAUCUGAACUUAAGCCGCAUGCCUGGGCUGCCGACGGAUAACCACACCAUUCCUUGCUGUCCAGGCCGGCGGCAGCCUGCGCAAGUUGUGCCUGCCUUCCUAGAUACAGAUCUACAUUUCCACCUUACCCGUGGGCCUGACAUCAAUUUUUCUCAGGACCGGAUGUCUGCUUGCACCAAUUGGCAAGAGAGCAAUAGAACUUUGGCAUUUUCCGACCGACCUUUGCACAUUGGCGAAAGCCUCUUUGUGGAAGUAGGACACCUGGGCCUGCCCUAUUACGGAGCCCUUACAUUUGGCAUCACUUCUUGUGAUCCAGGCACGUUACGGACAAAUGAGCUCCCAGCUGAUCCAGACUUUCUUCUGGAUCGCAAGGAGUACUGGGUGGUUUGUAGAGGAUUCCCAGUCCUCAACAACGGCGACAUCCUCAACUUUGUAGUCUUGCCCAAUGGAGAAGUGCACCACGGAAUAAACGGGAUGAGCCGUGGGAUGCUGAUGUGCGUGGACAUCUCACAGUCUCUCUGGGUGUUUUUCACAAUCCAUGGUGUAAUCAAUCAGCUCAAAAUACUAGGCACUGUGCAGUCCAGCCCCGUGACUGUCUCCCCCUCAGGAUCCCCUGGAGGCUCACAGUAUGACAGUGAUUCAGAUAUGGCUUUCAGUGUCAACAGAUCCUCCUCUGCUUCUGAGUCAUCCCUGGUGACUGCUCCUAGUUCUCCUCUGAGCCCUCCAGUGUCUCCUGUGUUCCCACCUCCAGAGCCCACCAGCAGCAAGAACGGGGAGUGCACUGUUUGCUUUGACAAUGAGGUGGAUGUGGUCAUCUACACCUGCGGACACAUGUGCCUCUGUAACACCUGCGGUCUUAAGCUGAAGAAGCAACUCAAUGCCUGCUGCCCAAUCUGCCGACGGGUCAUCAAAGACAUCAUUAAAAUCUACCGUCCUUAACCUCACCCAAACCCUUUAGGGUGUGACUGGUGAGGGGAGGAGAAAGAAUGUUAUUAGCAGUUACCACACCUUACCGUCCCUGCUUAUGGGUUAUUGUGCUGGUCAGUGGUUACUGAGUGGCUCUUUUGUCUAUAUUUCCAUGCUUUGACCAGUAGAAACAAAUCAGGGAUAAUUAAGUGAACUGGGAAACAUUCUGGUCCUGGUAGAGGCUAAAGGUACAGCUGCGGAGUGGGAAGAGCUUUCAUAAAGAUGCUGCUCUCAUGGGUUAAGCUGGUGAGUCUGAGCUGUAAAUACCUGCACUAUGUGGAUUCCCAAAGGAAAACCAAAUUGUCUUCUGCAGUGGUUCUCAUUAAAACAUGCAGCUAUCCUGUCUCUGGAAAGCUGUUGCAGAUGUCUGUUAUUUCAGCACGUUUUAAUUUCUGUGUACACUUUCCCCUGUCAUAAUCGGUAUAGAAAUAAUCGGGCGGUAUAUAAAUCAAAUAAAUAAAUAAAUAAAUAAUCAAGAAGCCUGUUACAAAUUAGGUAGCUCCCCAGGCAGUUUCAGGAGCCAGGGGAGUGAGUAGAAGGAAGAGCUUGCACUCACAGCAAAGGUCCAAAGUGGUAGCAGGGAGCAAAACAUAUUCUGUCACCUAUAAAAGAGUGGGGGGAAGUUGGGGACACGGGGGGGAGGGGCUGCUCAUCUCAAGUCUUGCAUGGGUCAGUGGGUGUGUUGGGGAAGAUUGCUAAUCUCUUUAUCCAAUUGGCUGAAACACCACCCAAAAGGGGAUAAAUUAACAAACGCUUUCUGUAUUCUGUUGCUUUCAAUUCCACUGUUCCAAUGCAGCCUACUCAUUCACAGUUCAGUGGCUCACGUCUUUAAGAUGGUGACUUUGUGAAACCAAGAAUAGGACAUUUGCCUGGUGCGUGAUGACAGGGAAAUGGAGGCUCGAAGAGGCAUACAGAGUGCACAGUCAAUCACAACUGUGUAUGUAUGGCAAAAAACUAUAAAUGUUCUCCUAGUGCAAAAGGCAAACAAUGGCAUUUUCCUCUGUAAGGCAUGAGCUGAAGCUUCGAGCUGUUGUACUGAACAGGGGAGAGCUUAAUUUGUUGUAAAUAGUAACCCUUUGCGUGCAGAAGAGGAACUUUGUGGUUCAAACAUUACUGCAUGCUGUGGAGGUUAUGAAUGAUCAUACUCGGGCAUCUGUGAGCUGCAACCUGUGAAAGCUUCCUUUUGACCACACAGCUACAGAGGCGGCUGAUGGAGAGUGCAGGAUUUCUGACUUCCCAAGUAUUAGUGCUUUGUGAGUGCAGGUGAUGGAUGUUUCCUCCAUUCCUCUCCAGGGGUUUUGUCAGCAAAGUAUGUAGCAAUGUGGGAGCUCUCAUUUCUUCCUCUCCAGGAAGUUGCAUUUGACUCCACAAUAGAUGCAUCUUAUUGAAUUAAAAAAUAACCACCCACAGCAUUGUCUGUUCAAAAAAGAAUUUGCAAACUAUUAUUAGAUGCUAGGGCUUAAAAGAUAAGUGACUUUUGGUUAUCGUGGUAGACCGUACUAAACUACACGAUGUUGAAAAACACAUUGCAGUUUAGGAAAGAGGUACCAUGAGGGCAAAAACCUCGGCUUGGCCUAUUUGCAGAUUCUUUCUUCUUAAUCAGGCUUUGCAAAGCUGAAUCAUAUCACUGUGGCCAUGAAACCCUAGUGACCCUAGAAAGCCUGUCCCUCUCUGACUAGUGGGAGUCUGCUAUGAAGAACUGCUAAUAAAGUAGAUAAAAAUGUGACAAUUGUGCCUAUCUUGAUAGCAUAUUACAUUCCAGUGUGCAGUUAAUACUGCCUAAAGAUGAAAUCCUUAUUUAAGGUGAUGAUUUUUCAUCUGAUCCUGUGAGCCACUUUUGAGGCAGGAACUCAUACGAUCCCACAGAAGGAUCCAAGGGGCACCAUGGCACCAAGAGGGGAAAACUUAUUCUUUCUCAUGACAGUGCCAGAACUGACCCUUAGCCCUGGACCAUGGGUCUGCCGUGCCUUUUCUCCCUCUUCUAGCACAGUACAGCUAUUCUAAGCCAUUGUGCUCCCUCUGUCAGUAGGCUGGACUGCAUAUACUAUAGGGCUUUGUGCUUUAUAUAGAAGCCAAUGCAGACUUUGGUAAAGCAUGGAGUAGGCAAAGGAUUGUAGUUAAGCUACAGGGUUAUAAUGGCUUCGGUGGGGCUGAAUCAGUAUAUAUCAAAACACCCCAAGUUCACUGGCGCAUGGAUUAUGUUUCCUAUGGCUAUAUCAGUUGUAUCUCGUGGCUAGUUUAGCAUCUUUUUUGUUGAAAAGCUUCAGCUUAGGUUUCGUUUAUUUAUUUUUUAUAAAGUUCCAUGCAGUAACUCUCCCUGUGUGCACACAGUGUUCAAGGGCUGAGCUGGAAAUUGUUGAAUGCCACUGGUGCAAUCCCUGCAGCCUAACACUGUGAUUGGCUAGUUCUAUAUUGCACAAGUAAAGGUACUUCAAAGGUUUCAAGUCAACUGAUCCUCCCCUUUCCAAGUUUCUAUGAGGUGCAGACAAGAUCCUGGUCCAGGAGGAAAGACCAUUUCUUUUCAACUUUAGGGUAGUUUUAGGCAACAUUAUGUUGCAGGAUGCUUAGCAGUAGAUUCUCAAAUGUUCCCAAGAACCGGCUGUUCCCCAUGAAUCCACAUGGGAGCAAAGAGCCAGCUUCACAGUGUAAGGAGUCACUACAGAGGACUGGCUACCCACAUAGGGUGCAACUGCUGGGUGGUGGGAGAGUUGUUUGAAGGCACCAUAUUAAGAGAAGAGCAUGUCCAGAAACACUGUAACUUUAAUUCUUCUGCACUCAUGUAAUAAACUGGCAUCAGAAUCCAUCAGUCAUUACCAUGGAAAGACAAGGCUUACAUGCACAGCAUGGAGAAAGUGGGAGAGAUGGUCUGGUUUAGAUUGCAUUGCAAAGCAGCUCAUCUUCAGGAGGUGUCUGCAUCAGCUGCAGCAUGACCCUUUGCACCUUUAAGCUUUUGCUGGUAUUAACGUCUGAUCUGGUAAGCAUGCAGGCUAAUGAUUGCAAGCUGAGCAGGUUUAAGAGGCAGAGGAGACAGAGACUGAGAGUGUACUAGAUGUGACUGCAUUGGGAAAGCCUUGGGCAGUCAGCUGCAAAGACUUUGUGGGAAGGGAGGGCCAAUUCAACCAAUCAGCAGAAGUGACAGUGUGACCAUAAGCUCUGUGCAUGAAGUCUGCUCUGUUUGCAGUGGUGACUUCAUACCAUUAAACUAUUAUAUGAGAGCUGUAGCUAUCACUUCAGAAAUAUGGCUGUGUGGACCAGUGGUUUUUAUUCAAACUGGAAACUUCCUGGGCCACACCAGGAAGACCCUGCACCUUGUCCUUCUGCUGUUUGCCACAGAGGCUGCUGCCCUCUGACUGGCAUGGGGGCUAGUGUGUUCCAAGAGGCUUCUUGACUCAGUUGGGUUUGAGUUGUGUGAUUCUAGCACCCCAAUCCUUGGUGUGACAGAUAUGGCAGGAAUAUUCCCCUAACAUCUUAAUUCCACACUGCAUACCUAACAUGCCACUAAGCAAGAUGACAGCCAUAAAUCAGAGUGAAUUUAAAUGGAAUCUCUUUGCAGCAGCUGACACUGUUUAGUCUUUAAAGUCACAGCUGGAGAAGCUCGCCAGGAAUAAGCGAACAGGUUUACAUUUUUGCAGAGCUGACAGUACUAAAACCAUGAGGCAACUUAAUGAUUGGUUGAGUUUUGUGGGUGUUUAUUAUUUCCUCUGUUCUGCUGCUAACACUGUGUGUUUACUUUGAGUUGGACAUUUCAAGAGCAUGUUGGUUUCUUUUACAGAGCUGCUUUGCUUCUAUCAGUUACUAUGUCAAAUCAAAAACCUAAUUGAAGAUUUGCCUUGCACCUUUGGUCUGGAACUAGUUUCCUACGCAAACACUGAACUGUCUGACUAUUGCUUUAGUAGCUGCUAUUGCAAUUGUGUUUUUAAAAGAAAUGUACAGGCCUAAGAUGGUGGUAUAAAAUGCACUGAGCCACAGGUACAAAAUAGGACACUGAGUGUCCUGUUCUGUCCUUCCUACUGGAACCGAUUUCCCAAAGGGAGCAGCAUCUGCCAGAAGCUUAGACCCUAAAUACAUUCAUGGUCAAAGUGUGGCUGUGAAGCAGGUUGGGAAAAGCACAUUAGUGGACACGCAGCUCUACUGGUUCUGGUCUCGCAAGACAUUUUCAAACCCCUUUGACAAAUGACUUUUAGGAAAUGGAGGCUACUUAGAAAUUUGUUAGUUCUUGUUAUUGCUCUUUUUUAAAAAGUCUGUUCAGAAGAUCUGUUUGUGCCUUAUAAGGGUGUCUGUGCACUUUUUAUCCUUUUUAAUGCUACUUUAAACAAAAUGGAGGGGUGGGGGGAAGAACCUAACACAGAUGGCUGGUAGUUUUUUAGAAUUUUAUGUAUUCACCAAGAACUUUGCUUUUUUGAUAUUGGAGUGAAAAUUGUAUGUUUUCAUUGGUUUUUUGCUGCCAUUCUCCUCCCCAUUUCCUCUUUGUAUAAAAGCUUUUUCCCCCCCCCCAAGUUUCCAGAUUUCUAAAAUUUCGUGAUAUUUUUCUGGUUCAUGACUGUGAUCUAAAUAUCACAUUCUAAGAUAAACCAGAUUUUAAUUGCUCUGUAAUAGACUUUCAAAGCAAAUCAUUUGGGGAGGGAAGUUUGCACUUCUCUAUGUGUUAAUACUCUCUAGCAUUGUGAUCUGUACUGUGUGUGUAUGUAUGUAUGUAUGUAUGUGUGUUGUUUUUUAUUUUGGUCUGUUUUACAUUAAUAUAAAACUUUACCUGUUUAUGAAACAAAUAAAAUGUUGGCUUGUACAUAU